UAAGAGACUGCACUACAACAGGAGCCGCGCAACGGACAAGACGGCCUCUCUCUCUCUCUCUCCCUCCAAAUGCUACCAAGAGAUCGAGCGUGAAGCGCAUUUCCGACAGUUGUAAGGAGCAAUGAGCCCUGCCGCAGCGCGAACCCAAGGGAACUGUAUUGCCAUCCGGACACUUUCUACUUCGUCCUCCAUUUCUCGAUGCUCUCUCCCUCCUUCCGGCAACGAUGAUGCAAUUAGUGGGACUCCUCUGUGGAUGGGUAAAGGACUCACUUGUGUUUGCUUUAAAGGAAAGGGAAACUACCAAAGAAUCUGUAUCAAUUUGACACCUCAACAGGAAGAGAGACUGAGAAGACUACAACAUAGAAUGAAGGUUUGUUUUGAUGCUUCCAAGCAGGAACAUCAGGAGGCUUUGAAAGCUCUAUGGCAUGCUUCAUAUCCUGAUCAGGAACUUCAUGGUUUGAUAUCUGAUCAGUGGAAAGAAAUGGGAUGGCAGGGAAGAGAUCCAUCCACAGACUUCAGCAGAGGAGCGGGGUUCAUUUCUCUGGAGAACCUGUUGUUUUUCGCAAAAACAUUUCCUGCAUCUUUUCAACGGCUGCUGAAGAAGCAAGGUGGAAAACGGUCUGCAUGGGAGUAUCCAUUUGCUGUUGCUGGUGUAAAUAUUACAUUCAUGAUUAUGCAGAUGCUUGAUCUGGAAGCAACAAAACCCAGAACUUUUGUCAGAGGAGUAUUUAUUCAGAUGUUAUCAGAGAAUGAAUGGGCAUUCGACCUACUUUACUGCGUGGCUUUCUUGGUUAUGGACAAACAAUGGCUGGAGAAAAACGCUACAUACAUGGAGUUUAAUGAUGUCUUGAGAUCCACACAAUCACAGCUGGAAAAGGAACUUUUGAUGGAUGAUGUUUUAAGGAUUGAAGACUUGCCUUCCUACACCCUUCUGUGCUAGUUGCUGCAUUGACAAUCAGUUUUAACUUAUAGGUAACUUUUAGAGUUUCUUUUAAGUCUUUCCUAGUUCUAGCAGUGGAGUAAAAAACAUCGUGGUUCCUUCUGGAAGCUGAAAUCUGAUUUUUUUGUUUUGUUGUGUUUUGUUUUUUGUUUUUGUUUUUUUUGUUGUUGUUUUUUUAUUUUAUUUUUUCUGCCAAGUCCGCUUGCACUUCAACCUCUACAAUUUCUUUCUUCUAACCAUUUCCUUGUGGGUUAGAAUCUUUUUCAGUCUCGUAAUUUUUUUUUUAGAAUCAACAGAUUAUGAAAGAACUGUGUUCGACAUAGUUUAUAAUGUAU